UUUGGCAGAGAAAUACAUAGGGCGGAAGAGUUUCGUGAACGCAGUGCAGCGUGCAGGGCUUCUCGUUAUCCACUAUCCACUACCUCUGUUGUUCUCUAUUUCUCUUGGUCCUCCUUCGAACGUUUUAUCCGUGGGGUUUUAUAUAUUCACAAACUCCAAUUAGGGUUUUUCGCAAUCUAUUGUUCUUCAGAAUAAAUCGAAGCCAUGGUUUCUGAUUCAGUUGUGAACGGUUCUGCUAUUGCAAUCUCGAAGGAUAUUGGGAAGAAAAGGAGGAACAACAGAACUGCAAAAUUGAAGCAGUGCAAACUUGACGCCAGACGCGAACAAUGGCUUUCUCAGGUCAAGAGAAAGGGAUGCAAGGAGGAAUCGAACGGCGGAGGGGUUUCACCUCCUUCGUCCUUGCCUCAGCGUGAUGAGCGGAAAGGGUCAUUGGAGAAUUUGGAAACAAGGUCAAGAAGGGAGGAAAACGAAGGAUCAUGUCUUAAUGACAGCGAUUUGGAGUCCCUGGCGAAUAGUCCCACCCGCAGCAUCUUGGGGGCCAGUGAUUCUAGGAAGGAUCGUCCCGGGAGUAGCAGCUGUAGCAGCAGAAGCAGCAACAGUAGUGGGUGUUAUUCCGGAAGCGUCAGUGAGGAAGAAAAGGAGGAUGGGUGUCUAGAUGACUGGGAGGCUGUUGCUGAUGCUUUGACUGCUGAUGAUAAGCGGCAACUGCCAAAUUCAGUUCCUCCAGCUGAUCCGGAAGUCCCCGUUGGAUCAACCGCUACUCAUGAAUUGCCUAGCGAUAAAUGUGAAGCGGAGAAUUUAAAGCCGGAUUGCCAGGGAACCGUUAUUAGGGCUGCACCAAACGGUCGCGCAUGGAGGCCUGACGACGCUUUUCGUCCCCAGAGUCUGCCUAAUCUUUCUAAGCAGCGGAGUUUCACCAUGAAUGCAGAGCGCCAUUGUGGUCGUGGAGCUGUCACCUGGGCUUGCCACAGUAUAAACUCCCCGCCGUCACCUUGCCCCAUCUGCUACGAGGAUCUGGAUCUCACCGACUCAAGUUUUCUCCCCUGUUCGUGUGGAUUCCGGCUUUGCCUGUUCUGUCACAAGAGGAUACUAGAGGCUGACGGGCGCUGUCCCGGCUGCAGGAAACAGUACGAUCCCUCAAUCGGGGAUACGGGAGUUAAUGGGGGUGCCCUGCCGAUUCGGCUGGCUCGUUCUUGUAGCAUGGGCACAAGGUUUUAAUAAGAGUAUUAGUUUUCUUGAAAACGCUGUAUUUGGGGGGUGGUCUCAGUUCUUUUUCUUUUUUUAACGCCUUGUGUGUUCUGUUCAUGGCCAGAGCUCUAAUUUCGAUGUGGUAGAUGUGAAUAUAGGAAUGAUAGCAUUUUGAAACGCUUCGGGACUUAACUGGACUUCUUAUGAGUUAGAUUCUUGUAUGUUGCAUAUGCUGAUGUGGAGGGAUAUAUUUGGGUAUGUGAAUAGAUAAUGGCAUAUAUAAGAAAUACAUUAAAAUCUUGCAGAACAUAA